GUACAGUAACGGCCGUCGAAGUUGUCAGAACAUUGUUCGCAUCUCGGUGAUAAAAAUCGAGACUGGGAUCUGCUCACAAAUCGCUGUGUCUCAAAAUCUAUCUGAAAUCACAUUCGGCUGAUCGCUUGGAGGAUGAAGUAAAUCAGUGAACCAUGACGGAGCACAGAGGCACGUCCUUCUUCCAUUCGUGCGUGAAGGUGCCGGUGGAUCCUUGCAGCCGGCAACCAACCCCCUCGUACGAACGUCCUCGGCUGUCGUCCGGGAGCCGAAGAUCCGAGAAGGUGAAGAAAAUCAACUUUGCCGAGGGUGAACCGAUCGCUGUCGAAAAUUCGGAGUCGUCGAGUCCGCGCGACACCCUCGAGAACUUUCUGGAGUUUCUAAAGAGCAUACCGGACUACGGACAGGUGAACCAUUUGUCGAACGAGCAGUUCAAGCAAAAGGUCGAGUAUCUCAGAAGGAAGCAGCGGCUGCUCCUGCAGAAUCUGAGAAACUCGCUGGACGACGAGGAGGAGCCGCCGUCGCGUUUGUCAAUCACGAGAAAUGAGGACUCGAAGUCGAAGGAGGUCAAGCCAAACGUCGGUGAUCUCAAGCUGAACGGCAAGAAGUGCUUCCUCGAGGAAUCUAGAACUAGCAGCCCUAUAUUGUUCCCAUCUGGGAGUUUUGCCGGUCUCGCCGAGGAUCAGGAUCUGCUGACGUACAGAUAUCUGUCUCUUUUAUCAUCUCUCAUUGCUAUGAAUGCCAAUAUUGGUUCCAGAUGCAGAGAUAAGGACAAGGAGGCGAAGACAAUACGCAACAAGGAGAUACUCGCGGCCAAUAAGAGCUGGAGCACGUGGAGCGGAUCGAAAAGCGACGACAGCGUGAACAGCGAUGGGGAGGACAGCAUCGAGACAAAGAGCUUACCACCGAAUAGCUCGAAAGAAUGGCACCCCACGGUACCUAAGCCGUUUAGUUUCACGCUGAGGGAAGAGGUGGAAAAAUAUAUGACGGAAAUAGAGACAGCCGAGCGUGUGAAUGAGGACAACGAGAAAAAAAGUCCUUCGAAGAAACGACGCGUCAGAUCGAUUCCUAUCACAUCCAAGAUACCGCUCUACGACAAAUUGAUGGCUGAGAAAGAAGAGAGAAGUCGCAUCGUGCGCGAGGAGAGCGCGCUGAACCUGCUGUCGCAGGUGCGACCUUUCAAACUGGAGUGCGACCGUCGUGCCUGGCGAUCCAUGGCGAGGUCCAGUCCCGAGCUCUGCUCGAGCAAGAGCGGUUCCUCGCGUUUCAAGGCCAAUCCGGUGCCGAGAAACCUGUUCGGCACCGAGGUUUACGACCGUAUGCUCGAGGACGAAUACUAUAGGCAGCUAAGGAAAAGGGUGAGGGCCGCCGAGAUGUUGAAAUCCUCUUCGUUACCGCCGUCGAUGGCGAGGCGCGAGCGCGUCAAGUCCGCGUGUACGCAUCUGCAGGAUGUGCCGUCCAACAAGGAUGACGACGAGUCCGUCAUCCCGGCGACGACGCCGUCCGAGAGAACAAGGUCCGCGAUGACGUCCAUAUUAUCCUCGCGCGGGAACAACCUGGCUGCGAUUCUGAGAUGUCAGGCUUCACGAGAGAAACUGGAGCACGAGAUACGGGAGCGGAUGGAGGAAAAGCGGCGGGAACAGAUGCUGAAGUUCAGGGAGACACUGAUCGGCCGGAAACCCGCGUGGAAGGCCCUGAGAUCAGCCGCGAGGCACGAGCACGACAGAGAUCUGGACAUACGGACGUCUCUGCGUCGCGACGAGGCGCGGGAACAGGCCGAACGUCAUCGACUGCAGAUGGAGAUGAUGCUCGACCGCGUGACGCAAAUACCGACCCUCUUCGAACGUCAUUCUCAGAGUUUUCAAUCACUCGUGAAGGCGCAACAGAAGGCGCCUUCGAAGAAUUCCCAAACUCGGAAGAAGAAGAAGAAAAAGAAGAAACAGAAGCAGUCGAAAAGGUCCACGUCAAGUAGCUUGGACUCGUAUCUGAGCUUCGCCAACAACUCCAGACCGAAUUCCGGAUCGUUAACCAGUUCUUCCGGUACUCUUAUCUCAAGCCAAUUGUCAUCGAAAUCGUCGGGCGAUUCUUCCGACAAAUCGGCAGCCAAGUCGGAGGCCUCGACGUUGAAGAGGAAGGCAGAUCGCGGCCCGCUGAAGGUGUCGAUCAACGAAACGGCGGAAUUGAUCGAAGAUUGCAAAGAGAAAUUGUCCAGUAGCGACGAACAGUCCCAAAGCGAUGAUGUCAUUGCCGAAGAGUGAAUUCAACAACCGUUUACAAUUCUAUAAUUAUCGCGAAAUUAUUCUGAACGUCAGGUUUUUAUAUUUGAUUAAUUAUACGAUCAGAAUAUAUUACAAUAAUUAGCUAAGGUUUGACCAAGCUCCAAUUUGAAAUUAUCUUUAAGUAUAAGUUUUUUAUUCAUUCAGCUUUAGUAUAUAUUAACUAUUAUAUAUAAAAACUGCAUUCUAUCUUUAAUACUUUCUUAUUUAUAACUAUUAUAAUCAUAAUCUUAUAAUCAUAAUCUUAUAAUCAUCAAUAAGAGUAAUUUAUAGCUAAGUUUGUGACAUCUUGACUUUUAUAAAAAAAAAACCAAAGUUCCAAAGUUAAGUCAAAGAAUUUAAAAUUAAAGCGAUUGCGAUAAUUCCGGGAAUUCCAUGUUACCGCAAGUAACAGAAAUGUUUCGUAGAACUUAGGAAUCAAACGACAAACUUUUUUUUAUGGAAAAACAGUAUAUUAUUAAUAUAAAGUGUAAAAACAUCAUGAUAUGUUAAUAUAUAAAUCAUAUAAUCACGCAUCAGUUUAGCAUAAAUAUCCAUUAGUGAGCAAAAAACAUCUGUUUCUCUCUCUCUCUCUCUCUCUCUCUCUCUCUCUGUCUUUCGUUUUCUUUUUCUUCUCAUCGAAGAUGUUACGCUCUUAUCACUGCACAUGCAAUAAAGCAUAAUUAAAUUUAAUUAACUUAAGUCGCAAUCCCGAGAGAUCUCCGUCUAAUGGAACAAAGUUGUGUCGGCAGUAAGACAUUUUAUUCCUAGUAAAAGGACGGCACAAAUUUUUUAAAAAUUAACAAUUUAUUUUUAUUAAUUAAAAA